CCGGGAAGAUGGCGGUCACCGGGUUAGCGGUGGAGGAUUGAGACCAGGGGAGGGAAGAAACCGAGACCGAAAUAGGGGGUUAGGAGGGUGUAAAAUAACUCAUAUGAAUAAUAUUUGGGGGGGUGUUGUUAUUAUAUUUCAUAUACGCGUUGCAUUUGAUAAUAGUCAUUGACCUUAACAGAGCAAGCAUAUAUAUCUUACCCAGACAUAUUUUCUGUUUGGGACUUCAGUUCUGUGUGCGGCGCUUUUUUGAUGUUUUCAGUGUUCAGAAAUUAUAGCAUAACAUAAUAAUAACAAUUCAGACGCCCAUUGUAGGUUGCCUUUUUAAUUUAUUACGGUUGGAAAAAGGUUGAUAGAACUGAGUUGCAACCUGUAAGGAGAUAAUUUGUCUAAGGGGAGUGUCAAGGUAUUUUAAAAGUGGUAGUUUUUUACUCUGUAAGGAGAAAGUGCGGUGUGCUGCGACUUCUGGAAAUGGACUGAUUGAAACACCCCCAACGCCAGGCAGCAGACCGCGUUCCGGCCAAUAUGUUCAGCGCGCUUUACUCUUGCUCUCUCGGCGUGCUCUGUGUACCAUGCUGCGGCUGCCUUCUCAGCUCGGCCCCCUAACGUGCGGGACAGCCAGCCUUGUGCGCUCCGGCCCUCAGGGCCUCCUGGGCACUAGUGCCCUUGUCACGCCUGCCAGCAUGUACGCCGCCCGCUACUACAACAGCAGCGGGGGAGGCAAGCCGGGUCGGCGGGCGGGUCUAGUCGGGGGAGGGCUGCCAGUUUUAGACAACCAUCACCACACCCUCCCUCACCCACAAAACUUCCAGCCUGCCGUCUAUCAGGGCAGACUUGAUGGGCUCCGGGCUCACUACCAGAAUCACCAUCACUAUCACUCUCAUGCCCAUCCCCUUCCACUUCACCAUCACCCACACCACAGCAAGAAGAAGACCUGGAACUUCAUCCACGAGAAGAUGAGCUACGACACUUUCUUCACCAUGAAGCGGCUCAUUGAUCGCUCGCGCAGCGUAGAUGAGGUGCUGCGCUGGGUCACGCAGAACCCUGGCAAAAUAUCCUACAACCACUAUCCCAUCGCUCUGCAGAAGAUCGGGCAACUCCUGCAGCAGCAGCAGCAGACCACGGCGAUGGCGACAGGAGGCGGUGGGGGUGCCCUGGCCCCACCUUCAGGGACUGCUGUAGGGGAAAGCCACUACAGGCAGAUCUCCGAGCACCAGGACUUCCAGACGCUCUGUGAUGCCAUUGUGAGCGACUGUGCCAAGUUUGACAACUUCAGCAUUGUCAACUGCCUGUAUGCUGUUGCUGCACUGGGUCUACCCAGUGACUCUCAGAUUGUGCAAGUGCUGGAGGAGGAGUCUCGUGGGCGACUCUCCCAGUUCAACCAGAAGGACAUCUCCAUGGUGUUCAGCAGCAGCAUGAAACUCCACCCCUCCAGCCAGCACCCCCUUAUUGAGUCCUGCCUGUCAGGGCUGGAGAAGAACAUUGAGCGUGAGCGCCACCCUCAGACACUCUUCCUGCUGCUCUCCUACUACCGGCUGAAGUGGCGUGCCCUACAGGCCGAUGGCUACACGCCAGAGCAGCUGCUAGCCAACCGCAAGAUCCUGCGGCUGGUGAAACAUACCCUGGCCAGUGUGAGCAGCGUGCGUGACCACGAGAUGGCGCUGCUGGACGAGAUGUUGUCAGCCUGCGCCCGCGAGGCCAGCAACAAGUCCCUGGAGCUCAUCUUCAGCUCUCACCUCUUCUACCAGAACCGUCAGGAGAAAUUUGUCAGCAGCUUAGCUGAGGAGCUCCCAAAGAAGGUGGAAAGUAUCACACCCUACACCAUGGCCCUGAUUGCAAAGUACAUUGCCCGGCACAGACUGAGGGAGACCAAGCUGCUGGACACCAUUGCAGAGUUCCUGGUCAAGAAGGGAGAGUAUUUGGACAGUAAGGUACAGCCUGUCGAGCACAUCUUUCUGUCCUUCUUCAGCUACAAGGGCCUGGUGGCAGAGGCUCUCAGGCAGCUGCUCGGGGAGCAGAGCUACAAGCAGGAUGAGGUGCUGGCCCCAGGGUACUACACAGAUUUCCUCCUGUGGAUUGACAGCACGGGCAGCGUGCUUCCAAUCAAGUCUGGGGGAGGGGGUGCAGUGAGCAUGGGCACGUCAUGCACCCCUACAGUUUCUGUGGCCCCAAAGCCACCUGAGGGCCAGUCAUCAGUGGCAACCCUGACCUCUGACUUCCAGAAGUUCUCGCCCUUCUCCCCUUUGGAAGAUGGCACAGAGAAGAGAGGGGCUGAGGACCUGGUGUCAACAGAAGCGGCUUUCCUUUCACACCGCAUGCGCCCCCAGCCCCCCCCUGCCCCUGCUGCCCAGAGAGGAGGGCCCAAUGGGGGGAACCCGCUGGACUACAACCCCUACUACCCCACUUCUGAUUACUAUGCCAGUUUGGCCAAGGAGCAGUCCCUGGAGAGUCAGGACAGCUCCACCCUCAGCAGCCCCUCGGACUGCCUGGCCCAGGCUGGAGCCCCUGGGGCUGGUGGUACAGGAGGUACUGAGUGCUCCUCAGUCCUGUCUUCCACUUCCCUCUUCCAGUUCCCAAUCGGGAAGAUCCUGGACGAUGAGGGGACAGUAGGGGGAGUGGCUCCAGGUCCUGACUGUGAUCUUCCUACUUUCUACGAGGGAGUCUCAUACCCUGAGGGUGGUGAGGGGGCUGUUGUGCCAUCCUCUCCUCUGCAACUGCAUGGAAGACAGGAGGCAGAGAGGGGCUCCGGGGACCCUCACCCACAUCAGUUCAAGAGGGUGAUUAUGUCAGUCAAUGACAAGUGGCAUUACUGUCACAACUCAGACGUGCUAGUGGGCUCACGAGCAAUGAGGGACCGGCACCUCCAGCUGCUGGGCUACAUCAUUCUACAGCUGCCGUACCAUGAGCUGGAGAAACUGAAUGGCAUCGAGGAAGUCAAACAGUACCUGCAUAAAAAGCUCCUGGAGGUUCCCUUGUGACACAGGCGGCCUGUGGCGCAUAGCCAGAGUUGGGUAUCCUGACCCUGAUUUCACCAGUAACUACACCAGUAGUAAGAACAGCAAUCUGACAGACUGUCAAGUCACAGAACCAGCAGUGUUGGUGUAGAGUACAGAAAUUUGAGAGGGUGGUGGUAGGGGGGAUGGUUAUGGUGGAUGACAGAAAAACUUUUUAAAUGUGGUGGGGUGGGAGGGGAUGAGAGGUUUAUUUGGAUUGCCUAUCUAGAGAUUUUUUUUUCUGGUUGUUAAAGUAAAAAGUCCCUUUUUAUAUUCUGUAUUUGCUACAGUUGCAAAGCAUGCUGGGGGAAUCAGGUCUUGAAGGUGCAGAGGGAGGAAGUGUGCUUGACAGAUCUGAGAGUUGCGCUGCUCAUACUGACACGCUGGCCACAGCAGCUGGGGCAUGUGUGUAGAGAGUCCUCAAGACUGUUAAUUAUACUGUCAGUAAUCAAACGUGUCUUUGUGGGUGAGGGACAAUGGGCAUGAAAGUGCGCCUUCUUAAUAUUUUAUAUGAUUGGUGUACCUGCAUGGGAAGUAGUGGGACAAGGUUGAAAAGGUAAAGGGUAUUGUGACCCGUAAGAGACCUUUUGUUUUUGAUUUUUUAUUUUCUUCAUACCGUUAUGACUCCUGCCCUCCUCAUGAUUGGUGGUAAAAAGCAGCAUACCCCAACAGCCAAUUCUGGGAUUUUAUUAUUUUUCAAUUCUACUGUUAUUUAUCAUUAUGAAUGUUUUAGUUUUUAUGUCUACUUUUUUUAAACACAUUCUGUUAUUAAACGCGCAAUAAAGAUAAGAGGACUGUGGCAGUGAACACUGAGACGUGUUUGCAUCUCAGUGACAUCCCACUGAUCAGUGUUACUGAAACCUACAUUCGGUUAAUUUCUGUUUCCUUCUUGGUCAAGCUGAUAAAAAUAUACAGUGAAAGCAAGUUAACCUUUCUUGCUGUAUUUUUUAAAUAUGACUACAGAUCCACUAAAGGUCACAACUGUAUGGGCCUGUAAUUAUAUCAUGUUUUUUUUAUCAUUGCACUUUACAUUCUUAAUGGAGUUCUUUAAUUGCAUCACAGUACUUCAAGACCAAAUUAUGCACAAAAUGGAAGUCAACUAAAUUUUACUUAAUGUCACUGGAGUGAGUCUUCACUACAAGGCUCCUGUCUCUGUUUCAGAGUUGUGGAGUACAAUAACUUUGCCAGAUGCACUUGGUUUAAGACCAACCUGAAAUCCUUCAGUGUUUUUGUCAGCUUUACCAAGGCUGCUGAGUGUGAAUUCAGCCUGAUUUUCCCUGCUUCUGUCAAGGGCAAGCAGGAGGUGGUCAGUUGCGGAGAGUUGAAAGAGCAGAAAGGUGUGCGCCAGGAGCCAUGCUGUUGCUUUUGGGUUUACCCUCAUUGUACCAGUGUCACUCACUCUCUGGUUUCCGUAAACAGCGUUCACAGUGGUUCUUUGCUGCUUGCUGUGUGCGUUGGCUUUGCACUGUAAGUAAACCUUCAUAUGUAGUUACUUGUGGAGGAAGAAAUAAUUUAUUCUAAUUAUUGUUGCUGUUGGGAGAUGCGUGGGGAGGGUGUGUGUUGGGUGGGGGGGCUGUCAGGGUGGGUGAGGGAAAUGGGAGUGGUCUGUUUGUUUAUAUAUACAUAUAAAAAUAUAUAUAUGAAAGAUUAUUAAAAAAUAAAAAAGAGAAAGUGUAGAGUGUCCUUCCUGGUUGUGUGAUGCAGCAGAUCCCAGGCCUUCUGCAAGAGCAGUGGAGUGUAUCCUUGAGUUGCAUGGGGAAGUGCUGAUCCUAGAGUGGGUAUGGAGAAACAGUACAACACACAAAAAAUCAUACUUUUACAUUUGCAGUUUCUGCUUUUGCCUUCUGAAGCUGAAGGAUGUAAAUGAGAAAGAACUAGUUUCCAUGUUGUCCUUGUACACUUGUUAAAUAAAACGCAAUCUAUAUUAUGGGCUACUUUAUGAUUAUUGCCGUUAGCUGUCCUAGAUUUUUCAAGUUUUAAGGCUGUCGUCAAAGGUGUGAUGGUAGUAGUUUUGACCUGCUUUAUGUGUGGCUUAUCAUUGAUAAUAGUAACUUUAGAUCAAUGCCUUUUUUAACAUGGGGAAAUUGUGGAAUGCACCUUGGGAGAGAGGAGUUUGAAUUGUUUUUUUGCAAUUGCGAAAACAGGCUAUGAAUUAAAAAAGAGAAUAAUGGAGAAUUCCUGGAUGGCACUGCACACUACCUGUUGCUCUUUGUAAUGACACCUCAGGUUGGGUUUUUAAGACAACUGUGAAAGGGAACGUAAGAGGGCCCGCAGGCAUCUGUUGAUCUGAUAUGGCAUUGCUGCACAUACAGUACUUUUGUGUUACCCUUUUUAGUAUUGAAUAUGUUGUGAAGGAAGAAUGUUUAAAAACCUAUGGCCUGUGGUCUUUCCUGUUGGGUUUUGAUCUGUGUGACCUAUGCCUUUUGAAAGACAUUGGAGUACUGAACUUUAAAAUUUCCUGCCUCAGGCAAUUCAUACUUCAUGAUUUGGUUCUGGUUUGGAUUGGGUUACUUUGCACUUGACGUGAAGUCUGUGAGUCGUCAUGGGUGUUUGACAAUAGAGGAUCACCAUUAUAGUGUUCUUGGAGGAAGACCAGCCCUGACACAUCAGAGCCCUGAUUGUUUCUUUUGUUCACCAUGUGUGUGCUAGUUUGCUAAACAGGGGUGACGUUUGUGUGUAUUGUACAUUUUGAGAAAGGUGUUAAGUCUGGAAAUUUGUAGAGUUGCUACCAAGCACCAGCCAGUAGAUGAGAAAGCUGUUAGGAAAGUUUGAGAUCCAUGUCGGUCACUAACACAUGAAAAUUGUUUGAACAAGGUUUUUAUACAUGAUUCUACAGUCUAUAAAUCCUGAAUUUUGACUUGUGUAGUGUGGUACAGUGCAGAAUUAAUAGCUGGAAAUGCCAGUGGUUCCCCAUGUUACACGGUAUAUCUAGAUCGUGCAGGAUGUUCAGAUUCAUUUUUCACUGUUUUGUCGUUUGCAGAGAAAUGCAUUGAAUUGCGAGAGGGGACUGAUGAUGACCCCGUUUAUAUAUACAUUUAGCACAUAUCUUUGUAUCUGUUCUCUACCUUAAUUUAACUCCCCCUUUAAAUGUUCCCUCCCAUAAAACCCAAUGUUAUGAACAUAAGGUUGGAAAUGAGAGGAAGUAAUUGGGUCCUGCCAGUCUUGUUUGGAUGUUAGUAGUUGAAUAAUCUGAGAAUCACAGCCACUCAUCCAGCAAUUUCUCAAAAGAAAUAAUGAGAUUCAGUUCAACAACAUAGCUGGGCAUUUUGUUCCAGACUCCCGCAACCAUUUGUGUAAAAGUGCCUAGUGUUAUUAGUGCCCCUUAGUUUCCUCUUUUGUCCUCUUUUUGCUUUGCUGUUGAUUCUGAAUAAGUCCUGGUAGAGUUAACCUGGUCAGUGCCUUUACGUAUUUUGAAUACUUGUUACGGAUCAACUCUGCUCGACUAUAAAUAUUCAAUUCAUUUUGCUAUUCAGAGUACAACAUCUUUAAGUCUGAGAGUACAACUGGUGGCUCUUCUCUGACAUGAUUUAACUACAGGAAUAUAUUUGGUAACAUGCUGAAAAUUAUAUGCAAUAUACUGUACAAUGUUUUGCCAAAAUCCACCUUUUACACUAUACUUUUUCAUUUCUUCUCUAUCAUUUCUAGAAAUAUGUGAACAUGAGCACUUAAAUCUUUUCAUUAGUAGCUAUUUCAAGCUCAGUGUUUUACACCUUAUUUUUAUCAUUUGUUUUUGCUUCAUGCAUAAACUGCUUUGCCCAUGUCUGCAUUAAAUAUCUGCCAGGUAUUUACCCAGUCUUUUAUAUUGUCUAGUUUUGAUUUUCCUUUACUACAUCUACAGUGUUUCCUCCUGUCAUCUGCAAUCUUUACUACUUUACAAGAAUCUAGAUAGUUGCCCUAGUCCUGGUCUUGAUGACAUGUUAUUUCCUGUUUUAUUCUGGCUGGGCUUGUAAUCGCCAUAAUUGAUCUGCUUGCUGGGAUAGCCAUUUUUCUGCACUCCUUGGUUUAAAAAAUAGCAUCAAGUAUCUUAUUUCCAAUAAAUUAAACGUACAGAAAUGUAUUUGA